AUGCCAGCAAUAUCAUUCUUACCAUUCUUAUCUUCAAUACCUCUAGGUACGAGAUUAAUAACUCUCACCGUAGUCUUAUUAUCCGUCAUUGGACAAGGUUUAUCUUAUUUGGCCUUGGAGAACUCUGCAAAUCCAGGAUCAUGGGGCAGUCAAUUACCUUGGUUGGUAAUGAGUCCAGGUGAAAGCAUUUGGUAUCCUUGGACGGUGUUGACUGCUGGUUUGGUCGAAUUGGGUAUAACUGGGCUCAUAGUAUCAGCCAUAUCAAUACCAUUGGCAUGUCGAUAUCUGGAACGAGUAUGGGGUAUAAAAGAAUUGAUCAAAUUCAGCAUAAUCACAAUUGUCGGAUCUAAUGUGAUUGCAUUCGGAUUUAGUUGGAUCGUAUGGUUCGUUCUAGGUCAAGAAGAAGCUUUAUAUGGAAUGCCUUAUCAUGGAUUAUCAGGAUUGCAAGUUGGUUUCUUAGUCGCUUUCACCCAAUUGAUCCCAGAACAUCAAGUUCAGAUAUUCGGUAAAUUCAAAGUACGAGUAAAGUCCCUUCCAGGUAUUCACUUGCUCAUUUCGAAUGUAGCAGUAUUGGUAUUUGGUCCUUCACCCUAUAUGUUGAUCCAAUUUGGAUUCAUAAUAGCUUGGUGGUACCUUAGAUUCUUUAAAUUAUCUGAGAAUGGUGAAUUCAGAGGUGAUAGGAGUGAAACUUUCGCUUUCCAAUAUUGGUUCCCUCCUCCUAUCAGACCUUAUAUCGCCAUGGUCGGUAAUCAGAUAUUCAAAUUGGCUGUAAAAGUCAAACUCGUUCAAGCAUGGGAUGAACCAUCGAAUUACGCUCUAUUACCUGGUCCAGGAGGUGCCCGAGCUGAAGCAGAACGAAGAAGAGCAUUGGCACUUAAAGCUUUAGAUGCAAGAUUAGCUUCCACCUCUCCGGUUCCAGGAACUGCCACUUCCCCAAACUCAAUCUCAAAUCCUACGGUGCCAACAUCAUCGGUACCUCCCACCAUCCAAGCGACCGCCAGCAAGAGCGGUGUGGAUGCGACGGUGUAG